GGCUGCAAUCAAAUUUCUGAGUUUUGUUUCUUGAAUUGACGAUCUAAUUCUAAAGAUGGCGCUCCACGAAAACGGGGAGGUGGUGAUGGAGAAGAGGCCCAAAACAAAGAUCGUUUGCACGCUUGGACCGGCAUCUAGGUCUCCGCCCAUGAUCGAGAAGCUUCUGCGUUCGGGCAUGAACGUUGCUCGUUUCAACUUUUCUCAUGGAUCCCAUGAGUAUCACCAGGAAACCCUCGACAACCUUAAGGCAGCCAUGGAAAAUACCGGUAUUCUUUGCGCUGUCAUGCUCGAUACUAAGGGGCCAGAGAUUCGAACUGGAUUUCUGAAGGACGGCAAACCUAUCCAACUGAAACAGGGUCAGGAAAUAACCAUUUCAACUGACUAUAGCAUUAAGGGGGAUGAGAAUAUGAUCUCUAUGAGCUACAAAAAGUUGGCUGAAGAUGUGAAGCCUGGGAGUGUGAUACUCUGCUCAGAUGGCACAAUUUCAUUUUCCGUUUUAUCAUGUGACAAAAAAUUGGGUUUUGUUCGAUGCCGCUGUGAGAACUCUGCUGUUCUUGGCGAGAGAAAAAAUGUUAAUCUUCCUGGAGUGAUAGUGGAUCUCCCAACAUUGACAGACAAAGACAAAGAAGAUAUCUUGGCCUGGGGAGUACCCAAUAAAAUUGACAUGAUUGCUCUUUCUUUUGUUCGAAAAGGUUCAGACCUGGUCGAAGUUCGGAAACUGCUGGGAAAGCAUGCCAAGAACAUUCUUCUCAUGUCUAAGGUUGAAAACCAAGAAGGGGUUGCAAAUUUUGAUGACAUACUUGCCAAUACAGAUGCAUUUAUGGUGGCACGUGGUGACCUUGGAAUGGAAAUUCCAAUCGAGAAAAUAUUUCUCGCACAGAAAGUGAUGAUUUAUAAAUGCAAUAUUCAAGGAAAACCAGUUGUGACAGCAACCCAGAUGUUGGAGUCAAUGAUCAAAUCUCCCAGGCCAACAAGAGCUGAAGCUACUGAUGUUGCCAAUGCAGUUCUUGAUGGAACAGACUGUGUGAUGCUUAGUGGUGAAACAGCUGCUGGUGCUUAUCCUGAACUUGCUGUUCGAACCAUGGCUAAAAUAUGCGUUGAAGCAGAGAGCGCCCUAGACUAUGGAGAUGUAUUUAAAAGGAUUAUGGAGCACUCACCAGUACCCAUGAGCCCACUAGAGAGUCUAGCUUCUUGUGCUGUUAGAACAGCCAAUUCAUCUAAAGCAGCUCUUAUAUUGGUUCUAACUAGAGGAGGAAGUACUGCAAAACUGGUGGCUAAAUACAGGCCUAGCAUGCCAAUUCUUUCUGUAGUUGUCCCCGAGAUUAAGACUGAUACCUUUGACUGGUCAUGCAGUGAUGAGGCCCCUGCAAGGCAUAGCCUGAUAUUUCGUGGGUUGGUUCCAAUAUUAAGCGCAGCAUCUGCUAGAGCUUCUCAUGCAGAAACAACAGAAGAGGCAAUAGAGUACGCCAUUCAACAUGCCAGGGCAAAGGGUCACUGCAAAAUUGGGGAUUCUGUUGUGGUUUUGCACCGUGUCGGCACUGCCUCUGUCAUCAAAAUCUUGACUGUGAAAUGAUCAACCAUUAAAAGGAGUUCUUCAAAUGUUCUGGCCAAAUUUUUGAGAUCAUGAGGAAGAAGUCUCAUUAUGCCCGAAAAUAUGCCUUUUCAAAUCUUCAUUGGAUGCAAAAUCUCCAAUUACUAGGAGCACGAAUUUCCGCUACUGUUUGUUAUUUGUCUUGUUAGUUGUUAUGGCGAACUCAUUCUGCUUACUAAGAUAUCAUAAAAGGUUUUUGGUUAACCAAAAACUGGCUUAGUUAUGGAUUUUGAAGUUCUCAAGUUGUUGAAAUUUGAUACGUGUUGGGUGUGUUAAGCAAGACUAAGUUAACGCUAUUUAG